GGGGUACGUCAAAAGGCUAGGGCUGAGCAGGAUACCCCAAGCUGGGAGACGUAGGCUGUAGCCUACUACGAAAGAUAUAAGAUAUAGAGAGAGAGACAGAGAGAGAGAGAGAGAGAGAGUGGUCUGGACGAGGUGGGCUUAGUAUGUAAAAAGAGCAGCUCGGUCCACGCGUGUUUCCCUGUUGACUGGAGUCCUCCUCCUCCUCUCCCAUUUCUCCGCUGACUGAACGUCACUUACACCAGCAGGAAGCACGAGCGCCGACUGCGCCUUCACGCACCGCUGCCCCUCCGUGCUUUAAGUAUUCCUGCAAUAUUAGGAGUCAUGAAUAACAAUUAUUCCGGGGAGGUAUACUGAGGCAAAGACAGCGCAAGCACAUUCACUCACUCUGGCAACGGAGCAAGAGGAUUGGAUCGGUUGGCUCGACUGAUACCUGCAAGGAUCGUCGCUGCAUAAAGUGUUUUUUUUUUAACGAAUGUCUUUUUUGGUGAAGUUAUCUUCCGCAACUAUGAGGAGUUAGACGCAGAGGAACUGGAAUCUCCGACACUUUUUUUCGACUGAUCUCGACAGUCUGAGCUUGUGCCUGGUUGUGUGUGCGUGCAUGUGUGUUUUUUUGGCUGAACAGACCCCCUCGCGCAGAUGUUAGUCCAUACGUACUCAGCCACGGACCGUCACGACGGUGUAUCGAGCCACAGCUCCAGACUGUCCCAGCUGGGCUCGGUGUCGCAGGGACCGUACUCCAGCGCGCCCCCGUUGUCUCACACACCCUCCUCGGACUUCCAGCCACCUUAUUUCCCGCCGCCCUACCAGCCCCUUCCAUACCACCAGAGUCAGGACCCGUACUCACAUGUGAAUGACCCGUACUCUCUCAACGCGCUGCACCAGUCGCAGCAGCACCCAUGGGGGUCGCGCCAGCGGCAGGAGGUGGGUGGGGAAAGCGGCUCACUCCUGCCCCAGCCUCGCGCCUCGUUGCCGCAGCUCUCCGGGCUCGACCCGCGGCGAGACUACUCGUCGGUGCGCCGGCCGGACGUGCUGCUCCACUCCGCGCACCAUGGCCUCGAGGCCGGGAUGGGAGACAGCCUGUCGCUGCACGGGCUCGCGCAUGGAAUGGAGGAUGUGCAGACUGUCGAUGAUGCCAACAACAGCGGAAUGAACAUACUGGACCAAUCUGUCAUUAAGAAAGCAUAUCCUCUCUCGCGCGCAGUUCCGGUUCCGCACAAGAGCGUGGCGUCUCUGAUGAUGAGCAAGGAUGGUCUUAUCGGCGGCAUGAAUCUCAACGUCAACGAGGUGUUCUGCUCGGUACCGGGACGCCUCUCGCUACUCAGCUCCACCUCCAAGUAUAAGGUGACCGUGGGCGAAGUCCAGCGGCGCCUCUCCCCGCCCGAGUGCCUCAAUGCUUCGCUGCUGGGUGGCGUUCUCCGUAGAGCUAAGUCUAAAAAUGGAGGCCGAUCACUCAGAGAAAAGCUGGAGAAAAUCGGCCUGAAUUUACCUGCUGGGAGACGCAAAGCUGCAAAUGUCACUUUACUGACGUCAUUAGUUGAAGGGGAAGCAGUUCAUUUAGCGCGGGAUUUCGGCUACAUCUGUGAAACGGAGUUUCCCACUAAAGCCGUAUCUGAAUACCUGAAUAGACAACAUACUGAUCCCAACGAGCUGCACUCGCGGAAGAACAUGCUACUGGCCACAAAGCAGCUGUGUAAGGAGUUCACUGACCUCUUGGCACAGGACCGCACGCCGCUGGGCAACUCGCGGCCGGCGCCCAUCCUGGAGCCGGGCAUCCAGAGCUGCCUGUCCCACUUCAGCUUCAUCACGCACGGCUUCGGCUCGCCGGCCAUCUGUGCCGCCCUCACCGCCCUGCAGAACUACCUGACCGAGGCGCUCAAAGGACUGGACAAGAUGUUCCUCAACAACCCGUCGGCCAAUCGCCACGGAGGAGGAGGAGGCGCCGGUGGCGGCGACAAAGGGUCCGGCGACAAAGAGGAGAAGCAGAGGAAAUAAGGAGAGAUUUAUACUAACACAAAAAAGAAGAGAGGAAGGGGAAAAAAAACAGAAGAAAAAUCAGAAGAGAAAACAAGUGGAUGGAAUGAAGAAUGCGGAGCAUGAGAGAAUGAGAGAGAGAGAAAGAGAGAGAGAGAGAGAGAGAGUGUGUGAGAGAGAGAGAGAGAGGCUUACACAAACCACUCAGAUGUUUUAAAAGUCCUUUAUGCUCUUAGCUUUAUGGUUGCGUUUCUGUUGUUGGGGAUGAGAGUGUUGGGAGGAGUGGUGAAGGAGGACCAGAGGGAGAACACCAGAGGACCGGACGAUGGAAUACAAAAACGGAUUUGAGAGAAUAUUAUUGGACUGACACCACAGUGCUACUGCUCACAGAGACAGAGAUUAUGAUUUCACAUCUAGGAGUGUGUGUGUGUGUGUGUGUGUGUGUAUGUGUGUGUGUGUGUGUGUUUAUAUGUGCACAGUGCCAGAAAUUGACUGUCUCCAUCAGAGUUUGGACCAAUAGAAGUGUUAAAAUCUAAUUGAAAUGAGACCUCAGAAUACAUACUUCAACACACAGACACACAUACAGAGAGAGAGAGAGUGUGCAUGUGUGUGUGUGUGUGUGUGUGUGUGUGUGUGUGUGUGUGUGUGACACAGAAAUAGUUGAUAGCAGAGUGAUGAUUGUGCAUGUUCUUUUCUGUUCUGACUCAAGGAGGGUUGACUCACAUGUCAUCAGUGCGUGUCUGCUUUGAGUGAAGGUGCAACUUCACAUGCCAGCUGUUUAUACUGAAUAACUCUGAGCCUUGCCGUUUUUGGAGUAGUGUAAAAUGGUGUCGGGGGAGUAAUGAUUCAGAACCAGCGAGAAACUUUUAGUCGUCUCGGCAAAACGCGUCAGACGACCGAGAUCGGGACAUUACUGUACGUAGGCUACGCCGUAGAGUUGUGGGAAGGCUGUCAAAGAGAGUCCGAACAGAGCAUCGAGCCAUGCGUGCCAUUCCAUAUCCGCCGUCAUAUCGGUCAGACGAAGUCAUGCAGUGCGGCAGAAGCACGCAAAUGGAAAACUACGUCACUUCACUUGUCGAUACGAUUACUGACAUCGUCUGUCACAAGCGUUUUGAGAUGAGGGAGCAGCCCACAUGAUCAAUCAUAGGAGCGAAAACAUGACUGAAUCAUCACUUUCAUCGCUCAGAGAGGACUUACUCUAAUCUGUUAUAUUUCCUUUUUGUUCGGAGGUCAACCCCCCUAAAAUCUAGAAUCGAUUAGUCUGAACAGUGUUUUUAUUUGGGUUCAUUUAAAGGAAUGUGGCUUCGAAAAUGUCAUAUUAUAAUAACGUCCCUCUAGAUUAUUUGAUGAACGUGAAGUAGCCUGUGUAGUUUGUUCGGAGCCUCUCAAUGCUAACUUUACUGCACCAUUGGGUUAGUUUGGCAGUAUUAAAUUGCACAUGAUUGAACGACACAUUCUAUUGUUUGUGUGUUUCACACAUAAUUUAUUUUAGAAAAUCUCUAAUCAUUUCGUUACAGGGUGAGUUGUGCAACUAAAUGAAUGGCCAAUAAGUCCGCAUGACAAUUUUUUGACAAGCUUUUGUUUUGGGCCAAUUUGUAAAAAAAGAGAAAGAAACUCAGUGACAAAAGAAGAUUGAUAUUGACGCGUACUGAGAAUGAACGCACUGGGGGUGACGUCAGACAAGACAUCUUGAACUUUACCUGCCACUUGAUGAAGUGCACUCCCGUAAAACUGUGAGAUGUACACGCGGGCACGCUCCACCGACACGACUCAACCCCUCGGGCUCUCCGAGGCGCGAGCGUCCGAUCGGUGAGGAGGGAGAGCAGGAGGAGGCGAGCUUGUUACCUUCUGUCUGGGGUCGCGACUCUCUGUUGCAUGGGAGGUGAUUUCCCAGCGCAUCCUGAUUCUCGUUUGCUUGAUGUGAAGUUGAAGGGAGGGGGACUACUUAUAUUUAUGUUUGUAUAUAUUUAUUUAUGCCUAAUUUAAUGGGAGUUUGUACAUAAGAACUUCUGUGACUGUACUUCUGUGCGUGGGUGAACGCUUGGUUUAGGUAGCAUCUUGUAUUUUUUUCUGUUUCUUAAACAAGCUGUUAUGGUGAUGGGUAGAAGUUGGUUUU